AUGGAAAAAAUGAAGAUGGACUCAAAGAUUGAUUUUAAUCCCCGGUGCACUGAACAUGUCGGCCACGGAGGGUUCGCCCAGGUCUUCAAAGAACCAGGAGCCCUUAUUGGCAUCAGAAAGCCGUGGGUUGCUGUCAAGCGCAUUCUUAAAGGACAUAGUAAUGCACCGUUUGCCAUCGAGAAAGAUGAAAUCGUCCGGGAGAUCGUCACGGCAGCAGACCUAAUGAAGGAGCAGAGCGACCUUUUCGUGGAGUUCUUCGGGUGGAGUGAAGAUGAUAAUUUCGUCUUCCUGGCUAUGGAGUAUGUUGAGCUGGGUGAUUUGAAAGCAAAUUCCCAUUCACCGUGGGCUGAGCACGAUACGAAGCUGAUCAUGCAUCAAUUAUUGGAGGGGCUAGUGAAAAUGCACCGGGAAAAUAUCGCGCACCGCGAUCUUAAACCACAGAAUAUACUUCUCAUUUCUCGCGAUCCACCCCGUGUCAAGAUUGGCGAUUUUGGUAUCUCCAAGCGGGUUCCCAAAGACAGCUCAACGAGAUAUGAUACUAGAUACAGUAGUGGAGGAUACUGUGCCCCAGAGAUCACGAAGGGAAAAGCAAAAGAGCAGUACACAAAGGCCGUGGAUUUAUGGUCCUUGGGAUGUAUUAUGUACGAGAUGGUUGUGGGAGAAAGACUUUUUCGGGACGAUGUACACGCAGCGUAUGAAUAUGGCGAUAUCAUAUCAGGUCUAGAGAGUACUAUGAGUCGGAAAUUCAGCGAGUAUGGGAUGAGUCUCCUGAUGUCGCUGAUUGCAAAUAAUCCCGCUGAAAGACCUAACGCGGAAGAGGCACUGUCACACAUCUGGUUCCGCUGA